AUGCCAGGCGUCAACUCCAUCAAACUCCUUACGGGUAACAGCCACCCUGAGCUUGCUCAACAAGUAGCUGCUCGCCUCGGCAUCCAACUCACUCCCUGUGUCGUCAAAAAGUUUGCCGAUCAGUCCAUCGAUGUGCGUAUCGGCAGCUCUGUGCGUGACGAAGACGUCUACGUCCUCCAAACCGGCAACUCACCCUACAUCGACCCCAACGAUUCUCUCAUGGAACUUCUCAUCAUCCUUUCCGCCUGCAAAACCGCUUCGGCUCGUCGCAUCACCGCUGUCAUCCCGUCCUUCCCCUACUCUCGUCACGACAAAAAGGACAAGAGCCGUGCACCUAUCACCGCCAAACUGGUAGCUAAUAUGCUCACCGUUGCAGGUGCUGACCAUGUCAUCACCAUGGAUCUCCACGCAUCUCAGAUCCAGGGCUUCUUCGAUAUUCCAGUAGACAACUUGACUAGCGAGCCUAGUGUAGCCCGAUGGAUCCGAAGUAAAGUGGAGAAUUGGAGGGAUGGGAUUAUUGUCAGCCCUGAUGCAGGUGGUGCCAAGCGUGCUACUGCUCUUGCUGAUUCGCUUGGGGUUGACUUUGCACUGAUCAACCGAAACCGACGUAGGGAACAGCACAAGCGUAUUCGUGCAGCACAAAAGACAGCAUUGGGUCUCUCCAGUCGUUCUUCGAUGGAAGACCUUCGUUCAGGUGUUAGCACGCCCAUGUCGAGCUCUUUCCUUCUCGACGGAACCGGACUUAAUUCAAAGAGCGCUGUAGGACAAGCUUCGGAGAAACUCAGCGCACUUAGCGUCUCUGCCGAAUCUCAAUCCUCUGCCCAAUCUCACACCUCGAAACACGUCUACUCUGACGUAGCAAACGGAAUCAAGUGCGCCGGAACUGGCGAAUGGAUUAUGACCGAUGAACAAGGUCACCGCGUCCGCUCUGGCAGAUCUAAAAAGGAUGCAGCAGAAACCAGCACAGAAGCAGACGACGAUUCGGAAGAUGAAAACUCCUCGCGUAUGGAGAUCCUCGUCGGUGACGUCAAAGGUAAAGUGGCGAUUUUGGUGGAUGACAUGGUUGACACAGGCAGAACGCUCGCUCUGGCAGCAAAGACGUUGGAAGCUGCAGGUGCGGCGAAAGUGUAUGCGAUCAUCACGCAUGGAUUGUUGAGUGGACAGAGUAUCGAGUUGUUGAAAAAGUUGAGUUUGGAGAGGCUGGUGGUGACGAAUACGAUUGCUAACAAGGAGAAGGCGGAAUCGAGCGAUGACAAGUUGGAGAUUAUGGAUGUAAGUGCCGUGAUUGGCGAGACGAUCAGGAGGUCGCAUCAUGGUGAAUCUAUUUCGCAGCUGUUUAGGCAGGAUGCUGAGAUCAUGUUUUAG